UAUUUUUACUUUCUAUAUUAUAGCAACGAGGUGUAAAUCUGGCCUGUGUACGAACUUGUGUAAUUGUCGCCGAAGAGCGGCCUCGAGUUUCAUUAACCAAUUCAUUUUCGAAAUUAUUUUCCUCCCUUGGUCUUUCAACGAGAGCUGUUAGUACUUCUUUUGGAUGUCGUGUAAAUGUCGCCCUUUGUUUACAAGGAGCGUCCAGUCCUGAUCCAACAACCGUUUAUGUCGACAUGAGGGCACUUCGAAAUGAUCGGGUUACCCUUGUCGAAAGAGGUGCACCACAUAGUCUAUGUCUCAUGGAAUCGGGUAAACUUUUACCUGGAGUCAAAGUAAUAAUCGCUAAUCCAGAAACUCGUGGACAUUGUGGCGAUACUAAUUUAGGUGAAAUUUGGGUUCAAGCUCCACAUUCAGCAAGUGGUUAUUUUACCGUUUACGGUGAAGAUGGACUACAAAAUGAUCAUUUCAACGCUCGUCUUACAACUGGUGACACUUCACAAGUUUAUGCAAGAACGGGUUAUUUGGGUUUCCUUAGGCGAACUGAAUCUGUUCAAGCUGAUGGAGAACUUCAUGAUGCCAUAUUUGUUGUUGGAGCUCUGGAUGAGACUAUCAUGCUACGUGGGAUGAGAUAUCAUCCGAUUGAUAUUGAAAACAGCGUUUUAAGGUGUCAUAAAAAGAUUGCUGAAUGUGCAAUUUUCACUUGGACAAACUUGUUAGUUGUUGUAGUUGAAUUGGACGGUAAUGAAAACGAAGCUCUAGAUUUGGUACCAUUAGUGACCAAUGUGGUUCUCGAGGAGCACCAAAUGAUUGUCGGGGUGGUUGUUGUCGUAGAUCCAGGAGUUGUACCGAUCAACAGUCGUGGAGAAAAACAAAGGAUGCACCUUCGAGAUGGUUUCCUUGCCGAUCAAUUGGAUCCAAUUUAUGUCGCCUACAACAUGUGAUCCCUUCCAUAGCCUUUUUUAGACAAUUUCAACUAAUUCAUCUUCAUCCAGGAUUUAUCAUCAUAAUCUUCAAUCUCCUCUUCCCUCUGAUUCCUUAUUCAAUUCUUCCUUUUCUUCUUAAUCUUGUUUUCACCCUCCUCUUCAUCUUUUUUUUUUUUCUAUCUUAUCAUCAUCUCUUUUCCUAGCAUCUUGCCAUCGUUGUUAUCAUUUUCCACCCACUCUCUCAUCUAUCUCUUUCUCCCUCAAUCUCACCCUUGUUUCUUUGUCAUCUUUUCCCUCUUCCACCUUCAGAUUUGCUUACUUAGAGUUUCCUCUCAUUAAGUAAAUGUGAAAAGAAAUGAUUUUACAAAUACAAAUAUGAUUUCUUUCCUUCCUUAAUUCAAUUACUAUUAUUAUUAAUGAUUACCAUGAUUCUGUCUCGUUGAUUAUUAAUUAUCACCACCAAGGAAAACCUUUUGUUACUAUUAACUAAUUACUAUUAUAUUACAAGAUGUUAUCAACAUCUUUCCUUUUGUUUUUUUUUCAUAUAUAUUACAUUUAACAUCAUCACAAAAUGAUGGAUAAAAACAAAUUGAUUGGCCAUUGAUUCUGGAUUCAAAAUUAACUAUUAUCAUCUCCCUGAUUCCCACCUUCAAUUACCCACCACCACCAUCACCAUCACCUUUACUUAAUCAUCAUCUCAAACCACCAACAACAACAAUUUUCAUUGUCAUAUGAACCAAAUUAAAUCAAAGACAAUGUAAUACUUACCUUGUUAUUUAAAAAAAAACGACCCAAAUCAUUGUCAAUCAUCAUCAACAAUUGAAAUAUCACAUUAAUCAGUUUCUUAAUUGUUCUUUACUAGUUACGUUUUUUUUAAUUAUCUUGUAAUAAUUGUAACAAUUAAAAUGUAAUCACAAUGAGAAAAAAAGCUCAAACAAUUUAAAGCGUAAAACAAACUCACUGAUGAGAAACAAUUUAUUGUUUUCAAAUGAUUAAUGAGGAAAAAAAUUGUUCAGGAUUAGUAAGAUUAUGAUUAAUCUUUACUUGACCAUCUAUUUUGAUACUCGAUCCAAUCAUUGUACGAUUGAUUACGGUACAGACGAAGAUGGUACAGAAUCCAUGCUGGUACCGAAGUUACCGAAAUAAAAAGCACAGAAAACCAAACACAUCUUUCGGUAACCGAAACUGGAGUCCGAGGUGGAGUGAUCAAGAAUUUAUUUCCAUACGGAUAAGAGUAACCUCGCUUCUGGAUCAUUUGUAGGCCUUUCAAAGUCCUUUGAUUAAUCACACUACGUACCAAGGAAUUCAUGUCUAUAAAUGUACCUAGAAAAU